GCGUUCAUUCAUACAAGAACACGGCCGAACAUUCGUAUCAACUGCCCGGGUAUACUCGGCCCUACCUUGCUUGAUCAUGGUUACGAUCAACUCGCCCUCAGCUUGUCGUCCUUGGUUCUCAGCCAGGCACCCAGUCUACUCCCCGAGUCGCUUGCGAUGCGAUAUGCAGACGACUUCCGAUGGUUCGAUGGUGUUGUGAAGUUGUGGUGCAUCCCGAGCCGUACCAAGACAGCACCAAUGAAAGAUCCUCAAGAGAUGGACACGUGCCCAGGAUACCGCUUGUCCGACGACGUUCAUCUUCGUGCCCCAAGCGAUGUCGGAUGUUGA